GCAUGUUUGGAACUAUUUUUGUUAACUUAAGUCAUCUUGGACUGUCUUUUACUUCCACUUCUCUGUUCCUGUUUCUGUUGACUACACAGGCCGAGACCUAGAACCCAGUUCAUAAAUUUGAAGAUUUUGUCUUUUGUUUCAUUGUUUACUGACUGAAGGUGGAGACAUAUAGUUCUGUGUAUAUGUGAGGAAUACAAAGUGGCUUGAGUUAUAUUUGUUUGGGUCUGGAGAUGUCACAUAGAAGGGGGUCUGAUCAGCCACCGCCUGUGCGGAUUUUGAGGACUCAGACUGCCGGGAAUUUAGGAGAGCCGAUCUUGGAUAGUGAGGUGCUGCCUUCUUCCUUGCUUGAGAUUGCUCCAAUUCUUCGUGUGGCUAAUGAAGUCGAGGCUAGCAAUCCAAGAGUUGCUUAUCUCUGUCGGCUUUAUGCCUUUGAAAAAGCUCACAGACUAGAUCCAACUUCUAGUGGACGUGGUGUUCGCCAAUAUAAAACUGCACUUCUUCAACGUCUAGAAAGGGAAAAUGAAAUGACGUUGGCAGGUAGGGCAAAGAGUGAUGCGCGUGAAAUGCAGAGUUUUUAUCAAUAUUACUUCAAAAAGAAUAUUCAAGCUUUGCAGAAUGCCGCUGAUAAACAUGACAGUGCCCAACUUACAAAAGCAUAUCAAACUUCUACAGUCCUCUAUGAGGUUUUGAAGGCUGUAAAUCAGACAGAGGCUGUUGAAGUGCCUGAUGAGAUUUUGCAAGCUCACAAUACGGUUGUGGAGAAGAAACAGUUAUAUAUGCCUUAUAAUAUUCUUCCUCUUGAUCCAGAGAGUCAAAAUCAGGCUAUUAUGAGAUAUCCUGAGAUUCAAGCUACUGUUUCUGCACUUCGUAAUACCAGCGGUUUGCCAUGGCCAAUGGGCCACCAGAUGCAAGUUAAUAAAGACAUUCUAGACUGGCUUCAGAUUCAAUUUGGUUUUCAGAAGGACAAUGUUGCAAAUCAAAGGGAGCACUUGAUUAUGUUGCUGGCAAAUGUGCAAAUACGUCAAUUCCCAAAGCCUGAUCAGCAACCCAAGUUGGAUGAUCGUGCUCUGACAGAAGUGAUGAAGAAACUUCUCAAAAACUACAGAAAGUGGUGCAAGUAUUUGGAUCGCAAAAGUAGCCUUCGGGAACCGGCACUUCAACAGGAAGUGCAGCAGAGAAAAUUACUAUACAUGGGUUUAUAUCUUCUUAUAUGGGGAGAAGCUGCAAACUUGAGAUUCAUGCCAGAAUGCCUUUGCUAUAUUUAUCAUCAUAUGGCACUUGAGUUGUGUGGGAUACUGGCUGGAAGUCCAAUGAAUGAUGAGCCUGUAAAGCCAGUAUAUGGUGGUGAUGAUGAGGCUUUUUUAACGCAAGUAGUAACUCCAAUAUAUGAGACGAUAGCGAAGGAAGCUAAAAGAAGCAAUUAUGGAAAAGCAAAGCAUUCUCAGUGGAGAAAUUAUGAUGAUUUAAAUGAAUACUUCUGGUCAGUUGAUUGUUUUCGGCUAGGUUGGCCUAUGCGUGCUGACGCUGAUUUCUUUUGCCAGCCUCUGGAGCAGCUUCGAGUUGACAAAAAUGAGGAUGAGAAACCGUAUACUGGGGGCAAAUGGAUUGGGAAAACAGGUUUUGUUGAAAUACGCUCAUUUUGGCAAAUCUUUAGAAGUUUUGACAGAAUGUGGAGCUUUUAUAUUUUGUGUUUACAGGCGAUGGUCAUCAUUGCUUCGAAUGGGUCAGGGAAAUUAAGUUCCAUAUUUGAGGGUGAUGUUUUCAAGAAGGUGCUGAGUAUCUUCAUAUCUGCUGCAAUAUUGAAGUUUGUACAAGCUGUCCUUGAUAUAAUCCUGAGCUGGAAAGCGAGGCACAGCAUGCCGAUAUAUGUCAAGCUAAGAUACAUUUUGAAAGCUGUUUCUGCUGCAGCAUGGCUCAUAGUUUUACCAGUAACUUAUGCUUAUAGUUGGAAAAUUCCUCCUGGGUUUGCACAGACCAUCAUGACCUUUGGCAAUAGUCCGGGUUCACCUUCUUUGUUCAUUUUGGCUGUCCUCAUUUACUUUUCACCAAACAUGCUCUCCACAGUGUUGUCUUUGUUCCCAUUCAUUCGCCGAUAUCUUGAAAGGUCCAAUAAUAAGAUUGUGAUGCUCAUGAUGUGGUGGUCUCAGCCUCGGCUGUAUGUUGGAAGGGCAAUGGAUGAGAAGCCGAUUUCUCUUAUCAAGUACGCUAUGUUUUGGGUUCUCCUGAUUUUAUCAAAAUUAGCAUUCAGCUACUAUAUAGAGAUUAGGCCUCUUGUGGGUCCAACAAAAGUAAUCAUGCAAGUUCAAGUAACAACAUUUCAGGGGCCAGAGCUCUUCCCUCAGGCUAGGAACAACAUUGGUGUUGUGAUUGCCCUCUGGGCGCCGAUAAUUAUUGUCUACUUUAUGGAUACUCAGAUUUGGUAUGCUAUCUUCUCCACGAUAUUUGGGGGUAUAUAUGGUGCGUUUUCCCGGCUUGGAGAGAUUCAAACAUUGGCAAUGCUGAGGUCCCGAUUCCAAUCACUGCCGGGUGCUUUUAAUGCCUGCUUAAUUCCAGUGGAAAAUAAUGAGAAAACCAAGGAGGGAACGAAUGCCACUUUCUCUUACAAAUUUGAAGAGAUCCCAUCUAUUAAAGAGAAGGAGGCAGCAAAGUUUGCUGAAUUGUGGAACAGUAUAAUCAGUAGUUUUAGAGACGAGGAUCUAAUAACUAAUGGGGAAAUGAACCUGUUGCUUGUUCCAUAUUGGGCCAACCGUGAUCUGGAUCUUAUCCAAUGGCCUCUGUUUUUGCUUGCUAGCAAGGUUCCAAAGGCAUUGGAUAUGGCUAGAGAUAGCAAUAAAAGAGGCAGUGAAUUGAAAAUGAGAUUAAAAGUAGAUAAUUACAUGAAUGCUGCUGUUCGGGAAUGCUAUGCUACAUUUAAAAAUGUAAUCAACUCUCUGGUUCUUGGAGAACGUGAAAAAGUGAUUAUAAAUGAAAUUUUCUUUAACGUUGAUGAUCAUAUACAAAAGGAUGAUUUGAUAGAGGAAUUGAAUAUGAGUGCUCUCCCUAGCCUGUAUGAACAAUUUAUUAAGCUCGUUGAAUAUUUGCUAGCGAAUGAAAAGGAGGACAUGAAUCGGGUUGUAAUUGUCUUUUUGAACAUGCUAGAAAUUGUUACUAGAGACAUAAUGGAGGAUCGGUUUUCUAGUUGGGCAGAGUCAAGUCAUGCUGGCUAUUCUGGAACAGAUGAGAGAAUGAAAUCCCUUGAUCAACAAUAUCAGUUUUUUGGAGAACUUAGAUUUCCUGUACCAGAAACAGAAGCUUGGAAGGAAAAAAUUAAAAGGCUUUAUCUGUUGCUUACCACAAAGGAGUCUGCUAUGGAUGUGCCAUCCAACUUGGAGGCUAGAAGGCGUAUUUAUUUCUUCUCCAAUUCAUUAUUUAUGGACAUGCCUCCUGCACCCAAAGUUCAAAAUAUGAUUUCCUUCUCUGCCUUAACUGCUUUCUAUUUUGAGGACGUUCUUUUUUCCACAAAUGAUCUAAGACUAAAACUAACUGAAGAUGGAGUUUCCAUACUUUAUUAUUUGCAACAGAUAUUUCCAGAUGAAUGGAAUAACUUCCUAGAGCGGAUCAAGUGUAGUGAUGAAGAAGAACUCAAAGCAACUGAAGAACUUGAAGAUGAACUCCGUCUAUGGGCAUCAUAUAGAGGCCAGACAUUGGCCAGAACUGUGCGAGGCAUGAUGUACUACCGGAAAGCUUUGGAACUUCAGGCCUUUCUGGAUAUUGCAAACGAUGAAGAUCUAAUGAAAGGCUACAAGGCUGCUGAAUUAGAUGGUGAGGAAAACUCAAAGGGUGAAAGGUCAUUAAGGGCACAAUGUCAAGCAAUUGCGGAUUUGAAAUUCACAUAUGUGGUGUCAUGCCAUAUGUAUGGCACUGACAAACGGUCUGGUCAUCCUCGUGCCAAAGACAUCCUAAAUCUAAUGACAAGGCACCCAUCUGUUAGGGUAGCUUACAUUGAUGAAGUUGAAGAACCUGUUUACUCAAAAAAGGGGGCCAAAAUAGGGGUUCAAAAGGUAUAUUAUUCAACUCUUGCAAAGGCUGCUCCACCAACAAAGGCAUUUGGUUCUUCUGAGCCAGUUCAAAAUUUGGACCAGGUUAUUUAUCGGAUAAAGCUUCCUGGGUCUGUCAGAUGCGGCGAGGGCAAGCCAGAAAAUCAAAAUCAUGCCAUUAUUUUUACACGUGGGGAAGGCUUGCAAACCAUAGAUAUGAAUCAGGAUAAUUAUAUGGAAGAAGCCUUCAAAAUGAGGAACUUGCUGCAAGAAUUUCUUAAAAAACAUGAUGGCAUGAGACUUCCAACCAUCCUUGGAAUUCGGGAGCAUAUAUUCACUGACAGUGUUUCGUCUUUGGCAUGGUUUAUGUCAACUCAGGAAAAUUGUUUGGAAACUAUUGGGCAGCGAUUGUUAGCUAACCUUCUAAAAGUACGGUUCCAUUAUGGUCAUCCCGAUGUGUUUGAUAGGCUGUUCCAUCUUACUAGAGGGGGUGUUAGCAAAGCUUCAAAAGUCAUCAAUCUAACGGAGGACAUAUUUGCAGGUUACAGUACUACAUUACGUGAAGGACAUGUUACUCAUCAUGAAUAUAUACAAGUUGGUAAAGGGAGGGAUGUUGGCCUUCAACAUAUCACAAUGUUUGAGGCAAGGAUGGCUACUGGGAAUGGUGAGCAGACUUUGAGUCGUGACAUAUAUAGGCUUGGGCAGCGAUUUGAUUUCUUCCGCAUGUUGUCAGUUUAUUUCACCACCGUUGGUUUCUAUUUCAGUACCUUGCUGACUGUGCUCACAGUCUAUGUGUUUCUCUAUGGCCGCCUUUAUCUCAUUCUCAGUGGACUUGAAAAGGAGCUGAGUACUGAGCGAGAUCUUCAAAAUAAGACUCUUAAGGAAGCGCUUGCUUCUCAGUCUUUUGUGCAAAUUGGAUUUCUUCUGUCCUUGCCAACGAUGAUGCAAACUAGUUUGGACAGUGGAUUCCGUAGUGCGUUAACUGAUCUCAUAUUAAUGCAAUUGCCGUUGACGGAUUUCAUAUUAAUGCACUUACAGUUGGCUCCCGUCUUCUUCACAUUUUCUUUGGCAACAAAGACCCAUUAUUAUGGAAAGACAUUGCUUCAUGGGAGAAGACAAUUCAUGGGUGCAGCUCGAGGUUUUUUACUGGCCCAUGUUAAAUUUUCUGAUAACUACCGGCUCUAUUCUCGCAGCCAUUUUAUUAAGGGCAUUGAACUGACGAUUCUGCUUCUUGUAUACCAAAUAUUGGGCCAAUCACAUAGAGGUGCAGUUUCCCAUUUCCUGAUCAUUUUAUCAAUAUGGUUCAUGGUGGGAACAUGGCUUUUUGCUCCUUUCCUCUUCAAUCCAUCAGGGUUUGAGUGGCAAAAAAUUGUUGAUGACUGGGCAAAUUGGAAUAAAUGGAUAAGCAACCAAGGAGGGAUAGGUGUACCUCCAAAAGAAAGUUGGGAAUCUUGGUGGGAAAAUGAACAAGAAUAUCUCCGUUAUUGCGGGAAAAGUGGUGUUAUUGUUGAGAUAUUGUUAGCAUUGAGCUUUUUCAUCUAUCAGUAUGGGCUUCUAUAUCAUUUGAACAUCACCAAAAAAACCAAAAGCUUUCGGGUUUAUGGAGUUUCAUGGCUCGUGAUCAUUGUCAUAUUUUUGGUGAUGAAGGUUGUGUCCAUUGGAAGGCGACGUUUAAGUGCAAAGUUCCAGCUUUUGUUUCGACUUAUUGCGGGUCUAAUUUCCUUGGUAUUCGUUUCUGUUUUCAUUUCUUUAAUAGCAGUUCCCCAUUUGACACUUCAGGACAUAAUAGUCUGCAUUCUAGCAUUCGUACCAACAGGAUGGGGAUUGCUCCAGACUAGACAUGUCACCAUUCAAGAAAGCAGCUGUGAAAGGAGGCAGUUCCAAAGGGAAGGAACACGUCAUUGAUGUUGAUGACUACUCACCUUAAACAAAAGAGACUCGUUCUUCAUCAAAGAAAUUCGAUCCCAACAAGUUCAGAUCCUAUGUAGCCUAUCAGUAUCAUGAGAAUUAUUUCCGAAGUGCUACACCAUUACUAGAAAGGACUGUGGAUCAAUCAUCACUUCAUGACACUGACAUUUCGAAAUGGUUUGUUCACAAGGAUUGGAAUUACCUUCUCUCUGAUUUGGAUGACGCGUAUGAAGAUUUGGUAAAGGAAUUUUAUGCCAACACAAUGGUGGAGGAAGAUGAACUUAAGUGCUGGAUUAGGAAAAAGAGUUUUUCAAUCUCUCUUGCAUAUUUGGCAGAGAUCCUUCACAUCAACAGACCAAUGUUUCGACACUCACCAGUUUAUGAUGAUCUUUGUCCUGAUGAGUAGCUUCUCAAGGAAAGUCUUGGACAAGACUUGGAGUUCUCACCCAAUGGAAACUCCAUUAGUGUUUCCUCUCUUCCUCCAAAACUGAGAGUGCUUACAAUUGUGAUGUUUCACAAUUUGUACCCUUUAUCAAGCACUGGGUAUAUGAACCUCAGACGUGCUCUGUUUCUUCAUGAUCUAAUCUCUGAUGUAGAAAUUGACAUCUAUGCUCAUAUCUUUCAUGUUCUACGCAAAAUGGUUCUACGAACUGAUUCCCGAACGUGCAUUCCUUUCUGCUGUCUCAUUUCAAGGAUCUUGAAGCUCAAGGGAAUUUAUCCAACGGCAGAUGAAUCUCCUUUCUUGAAACCGAGUCCAAUCAACAUGCGUACAUUCAACGCAAGCAUUGGACAUCGUCGGAAGAGAGCCAAACCGGAACCUUCCGCAUCUCACAAGGGCUCUCAUUUCAGCACUCUCUCCUUUGAUGAAAAACUUGAUCACAUUGUAUCCUCUGUACACAAGUUGAAUACAAAGAUGUCUGGACUCACAUCUACUCUACACCAUCACAGCACUCGAUGGGAUAUGAAGUUUACCUCACUUCAAACUCAAUUAGAUCAAAUUCAGAGAAGUCUAGAAGAGAAUAUAUAGCCUAUUCCAUGACAAAAAGGGGGAGUGAUAGGCCUGAUCAGAGGGGAAGGAUAUUACCUAAGAGGGAGUGUUUCUGCAUUCUUCUUCAGUUUAAGUUGUUAUAUUUUCUUCAGUUUAAGUUGUUAUAUUGUGUUUUGUACCUAUUUUGUACCCA